AAAAGAAAGAAAGAAAGCUGCACAACUUUGCAAUGCUCGCCGCAGUGUUAAUGUGCAUGCUAUUUGUAGCAUCGCCAGUGUUGCGUGUGGCAAGCGCACAAUUGGUGGAGCUGCAGCCAGUAAGCAGUGGACCGACAAUUGCGCCACUUGGCUGCCAUCGUCGCAUGUACACGUACAGGGUGACUCAAUCGGAUGCUCAGGGUCACGAAUGCUGGGAUCAUGUGAGCGUCUGGAGCUGUUGGGGUCGUUGCGAUUCCAGCGAAAUAUCCGAUUGGAAAUUCCCAUAUAAGCGCUCCUUCCAUCCGGUAUGUGUGCAUGCGAAUCGUCAGCCAUCGGUGGCCAUGCUCAAGAACUGCCAUCCCGAUGCGGAUGAGAGUAUACGCAAAUAUAGCUAUAUGGAAGCCAUCAACUGUCAUUGUCACACCUGCUCCACCGAAGACACCAGCUGCGAGGCACCAGCCAACAAUGGCAUGGACGAGCGCAAGGGCGAUAAAGUUUUGGCACUGACUAAUGACGAUUCUGGCGCACUGGACUAUUAGGCAUUCUGCAGCACUGGCUUUAUUUUUUGUGUAGUUCAGUGUAGUAUGGCGUUAAAAACAAAAUAAAUCUUUUAAU